CUGUCUGUGAGAAGAGCUCAGCAGAGCUGAAGACUGCAUGGUGGCUUCAGAAACUGCCUACUGAAUUCCCAAAGAACAAUGGUAGGAAAGGCCAGAUCUUCCAAUUUUACCUUGUCUGAGAAGCUUGAUCUGCUAAACCUUGUGAAGCCAUAUGUGAAAAUUCUCGAAGAGCACACUAAUAAAAAUUCAGUCAUAGUGGAAAAGAAUAGAUGUUGGGAUGUCAUAGCAGUUAACUAUAAUGCAAUUGGAGUAGACCGCCCUCCUCGCACGGCUCAGGGCCUACGCAGCCUUUACAAAAGGCUCAAAGAAUAUGCCAAGCAGGAGCUAUUGCAGCAAAAGGAGGCCCAGUCAGAUUAUAAAAGCAGUAUCUCCGAGCCAACCAAGAAGGUUGUGGAGAUGAUUCCCCAGAUUUCCAGCUUUUGCCUGGUAAGAGACAGGAACCACAUACAAAGUACAAACUUGGAUGAGGCUGCCCAAGCUGGUACCAGUUCACUGCAGGUGAUGGUGGAUCACCAUCCUGUUGCUAUCACUGUAGAGGUGAAACAAGAAGAGGACAUUAAACCGUCUCCUGCCCUGGUUUCAAGUCCUCAACACAAUGAUGCUUUAGAGCAACAAGAAGAACAUGAAUUAAUGCGUGUUGCGGAAGGAUCCGUGUCGCCAUCACUCUCUUCUGUUGAUAUGAGAAUGACAUCAUCUCCAUCUUCUGUCCCCAGGAGAGAUGUUUUUCAUCAGGAAAGUGGAGAACACUUGAGGUCUCUGCUAAGAUGUGACCCUCAGGUCCUGCAGAUGUUGAAAGAGGAACAUCAGUUAAUUUUAGAAAAUCAAAAGAAAUUUGGAUUAUAUGUUCAGGAGAAGAGGGAUGGAUUGAAGAGGAGGCAGCGGCUGGAGGAGGAGCUGCUAAGAGCCAAGAUUGAAGUGGAGAAGCUGAGAGCAAGUCGCUUACGGCGGGACCUGCCUGAGUAUAGUAGUUUCUAAGAACUUUCCAGUUUGGGAAUUCGAUAAUUUUAAUUUUGUCAGAAUUAUUUUCAUUUUGGAGGAUCACGAAGCUCAGCACACGUCCUAAAAACUGUUAAUUUCUCUUAUAAAAAAGCUUUUGACAUGAUUUUCUUCUUUUCUGUCUUAACCGUCCUUUUUUAUUUUCUGGAGACAGGUUUCUUUGUGUAGCCCUGACUGUCUGGAACUAGCUCGGUAGAACAAGCUGGCCUUGAACCUGCUUUUUUUUUUUUUAAACACAAUUUUCAAAAUAUUUAAUUUUCCCUUUAGAUACUAUCAUUUACAGAUUGGCUGACAUGGUAAUCCAGUUUGUUGCCCUUCCCUUAUUGUUUUCCUAAGACAUUUAACUGUUGGCCUCAUGUAAAGUCUUUUAUUUUGAUUAUAAAAAAUAAUGCAAAUAGAGUUGCAUCUGCUGCAUAAGCCUGUGACCUCAGCACUUGGGAGGGAGAGACAGAUGAGAGAAGAGAAAGGCCAGCUUGGCUACAUACCAGUCUCAAGGUCAGCCUGUGCUAUGUGGAAUCCUGUGUUACAGCAAAAUCCACAGAAUUGUAUAAAUGCAUACGUGCUACUUCAAAGAACCGAAUCUUUAACAGUUUUAGUUUCGAUUAAAAGUUAGAAUUGAGAGAGAGAGAAAGAGAGAGAGAGAGAGAGAGAGAGAGAGAGAGAGAGAGAACGAUCGAGAGUUGGAAGCUCCCUAUGAGUAGUGAGCACAUAUUUUUACUGUUGAGCUACAUCACUAUUCCUAUUUUUUCUUUUUUUGGAGAUAAAAUCUCACUAUGUAGCCCAGGCUAGCCUGUAGUACAAGUUCCUCCUGCCCCAGCCUUUUGAAUACUGAGAUAGUAAGUUUCUGUUAAACUAAUAGAAACAGAAAACUUGUAUGCAUGGCAUUGCAUUGUUCUUAUCUUUGGAAAGAGUGGUGGUAGAGUUGGAAGAGAAAACUCUUGAGUUUAAAUGUAAUGAAACCGAGCUCCAGGGUGGGCACCAUAAUUUAUUUCAGGUAUCAAAGCUUUUUGUGGCAGAGUACAUUAUGAGUACUUAGUUUGGGGAGAGGUGGGGAUAGGCAGGGGGAGGUCAUAGUAGUAAUUUUUAUUCUUUGUUAUAGAAAUAAAGAUCUAGGAGAAUUUUAAUUAAAACCAGCUUUUGGUUGGAGAUUUAGCUCAAGGGUAGAACACUUUCCUGACCUGUUUUGAGGUCCCAUCCCCAGAUGACAAAAAUAACUGACUUUUACACAUCGUUGGGUUAUGAAACCCAGGGAGUGGGCUCCCCUCUUUUUUUUUGUUUUGCUAAAAGAGAUCAGAUAUUUUUAUUGAAAAUAUUUUAUAUUUUGACCACGUGAGUAAGAUUAUCUUAAUUCAUUUUAAAUGUUUCCUUCAUAGUAAACUUAGAAUAUAACAAAAUGAAAAUUACUUAGAAUGAAAACAACAAAGAUCAUAUUUACAUAAAUAUAACUUGUAGAUUUUUUAAGUAUGAUUUUUUAUAAAUAUUGUAUUCAUGGAAAUCUUGAUUUUUUUUAAAUAAAGCUUACAUAUUGAA